GAGCAGUAAAGAACCUGAUCCUCUUUCUAUCUAUAGUCUAUAGACGAAACUGUUGGACAGACAGAUACUAUUAUUAUCAAUCUCCCAUUCUCCCGCUAAGCCGGCCCUCUGUUCCGAUCAGUGCCAAAGCCAAAGCUCUCUGUAUUUGCAAUGACCACAGCGGCUUCAGCCCCUUCGAGAGCUGAAGUUCUCUCUCUCUUCCGUUCUUUAUUACGAGUUGCUCGACAAUUCUCCGAUUACAAUAUCAGAGAGUACACUAAGCGGAGAACGAUCGACUCCUUCCGUCAGAAUCGCGACCUAGCGGAUCCUUCGACAAUUUCGUCGGCCUUUUCUGAUGGGAAAUCUCAACUCGAAGUAGCGAGAAGACAGGCGGUCGUUUAUUCAUUAUACGCGCCGAGAGUUAAGAGCGUCAUGGAGAUCGAGCAUCGAUGAAGAACUUUUUUGGUACUUGUAGCAGUUGAUAGUUGAUACCAAUUUGAAGAACUUAUUCUCUAGGUUCGUUUAUCUCAACGGUAUUUGAUGUGAUCCAUUUUAAGGAAAACGCUGUUUUUUUUUUUUCCAUUAAUUUUGGGUUUCGGAAUAUGUAGUGUAGUCCUGUAGGACUAUCGUACUGGUCUAUAAAACUUUGCUGAUUUUUGGGGUUUUACCCACUAGCUCGAAUGUUUUUUUUUUGUUGAUACUCAUUGAGGAGAGAAUCUAAACCUAAUUUAUUUCUUUGUUUGUUGUUGUCAUUACUAUUAAUUGAUUUCCGUUCAGUA